AGGAUGGCAUCGCGCAAUAAAUCGAAGAAAGUUGUCUCAAAAGAUGAAUUAAGAAAGUUGAUGAAGAAAAAAGAGGCUGAGGUUAAGAGUACAACACGCAAAAAAGUCGAUCAUCCUUUAGCAAUCUACAACAGUUUAGGUCAACUUGUGUGUUCUCUUUGUAAUUGUGUUGUCAAAAAUGAACUGCUUUGGAAAACUCACCUUCAAAGCAAACAGCACAAAGAGAGGGUUUCUGCACUCAAGUCAAGAGCCUUAGGGCCAGAGAGGCCGGAAGAGACAUCGCUCAAACGGAAAAUAGUAGAUCCUGCAAUUGGAAUCAUAAAUAAAAAGUCCAAAGGGAAUUCAGGGAGGCAUAAUAGCAGCAUACCUUCAGAUUUCUUUGAUUCCUCUCCUUCCAAAAAGUCAGACCAAAAACCAGCUCUAGGAUUGGCCGCAUACUCCUCUUCAGAUGAGAGUUCAGGGGAAGAGGAAGAAUCAGGGACCAAGGGGAAUAACUCUUCCCUACCACCAGAUUUUUUUGAUCCUGGGGAAGCCAGUUCUAGUAAAGACCCACAGAAACCUGUUCCUAAAGUCAUGGCAGAAAGCUUACCUGAGGGAUUUUUUGAUGACCCAAAAAUGGAUGCAAAGGUGAGACAGGUGGAAUACCGGGAUAAGAUGGAUGAUGAGUGGGAAAAAUUUCAGAAGGUGAUGAAGGAAGAAAAUACUGUAUCAGAGGCUAUAGUGGAGGAGGAAGAGGAGCAAGCCACAGUGGACAGGAACAUUGACGAGAUUGAUGAACAGAUGCAAAAGUGGAAAGAGGUGAAUGAUUUACAAGUGAAAAAAGAGGAGCUAAUGACGAAGAAAACAGAGGUAGAUGUCGCCGACAAAGGCUCAGAUGAUGAAUCUGAUGAGGAUGUAGGAGAUCAAGAAUUUGAGGAGUUCUUGGACUGGAGGACUAAAAAGAAACCCGCCGAGACAAUGUGGGCCAGUCCUGACAAGGCUCUUCAGACCACAUUGACCAUUGAGAAGGAGAUGAUGACUAUGAUCAAGGACCUGACUAAACACGCCAUGGAACACUCAGACGCCCACCUGAUGGCCUUCCUGGAGCAAAAUAUGGCAAGCCCACAGGCUGACUACAUCUUUGAGGCCGCUUCUUACAUCACGAAAUACCAGAAGGGUGGUGCUAAAUUCGGCCUGUCUGCCAUGAACAUGCAAAUGAUCAAGAAAUACAAGGAAUUUAAGGACUGUGAAAGCGAUGCCGAGAAGUAUAAGUGGAACUAUUAAAGCAGUACACGCUGCCUCUCAGAUCUGAAUUUGAAAUCUCCCGUUAGCCGUUGUUCUUAGCUUCAACGAA